UCAAAGGUUACUAAAGUGUCACAAACUGACACAACCAUCAGUAUUUUGCCGGUUGUGUUGUGAAUAGGCACUCCACUUUUUUCUUCCCUGAAAAGAAGAAAAUCUAAAUUUUCAGUGUUUCUUCGUAACUACAGUACAUCAAAGAUGCCUAUCAAGUCCAUCUUCGCUCGUCAAAUUUUCGACUCUCGCGGUAACCCAACCGUCGAGGUCGAUCUCACCACCGAUUUGGGUUUGUUCAGAGCCGCCGUACCAUCAGGCGCUAGCACAGGAGUCCAUGAAGCUCUUGAGCUUCGCGACAACGACAAGGCUCACUACCACGGCAAGUCCGUGAAGAUCGCCAUCGACAACAUCAACAAUGUCAUCGCACCUGAACUUAUCAAGCAGAACUUGGAGGUAACCCAGCAAUCCGAGAUUGAUGACUUCAUGAUCCAACUCGAUGGCACCGAAAACAAGUCCAAGUUGGGAGCUAACGCUAUCCUCGGCGUCUCUCUAGCUAACGCUAAAGCCGGUGCCGCCAAAAGAGGCAUCCCUCUCUACAGACAUUUGGCUGAUCUUGCUGGAAACAAGGAUAUCAUCCUUCCCGUACCAGCAUUCAACGUGAUCAACGGCGGUUCCCACGCCGGAAACAAAUUGGCCAUGCAAGAAUUCAUGAUCUUGCCAACUGGCGCCUCCAGCUUCACCGAGGCCAUGAAGAUGGGAUCCGAGGUGUACCAUCACCUGAUGAACGUCGUCAAAACUAAGUACGGCACGAAUGCCACCGCCGUCGGUGAUGAGGGCGGUUUCGCCCCUAACAUCAGCAACGGAAAGGAUGUCUUGGUUUUGAUUAGGGAUGCGAUUAAGAAGGCCGGCUACGCUGGACGUAUCGACAUCGGCAUGGACGUCGCCGCCUCCGAGUUCUACAAGAACGGAAAAUACGAUAUGGACUUCAAGAACCCCAAAUCCGAUAAGACCAAGUGGUAUAGUCCAGAGAAAUUGCGCGACUUGUAUUUGGGUUACAUCAAGGACUUCCCAAUUGUUUCCAUUGAGGAUCCUUUCGAUCAAGAUGACUGGAAAUCCUGGACAGGAAUUACAGAGAAAACCACCAUUCAGAUCGUUGGCGAUGAUCUGACGGUGACCAACCCCAAGCGCAUCCAAGAGGCCAUCGACAAGGGCGCUUGCAACUGUCUCCUUCUCAAGGUGAAUCAAAUCGGUACCGUUACCGAGUCCAUCAAUGCUCAUCUCUUGGCCAAGGCCAACGGUUGGGGCACCAUGGUCUCCCACAGGUCCGGCGAGACCGAAGAUACCUUCAUCGCCGAUCUGUGCGUAGGAUUGUCCUCUGGGCAAAUUAAGACUGGAGCUCCGUGCCGUUCCGAGCGUCUUGCCAAGUACAAUCAGAUUCUGCGCAUCGAAGAGGAACUUGGUUCCGAGGCCAAGUACGCCGGCACAGCAUUCCGCAGACCAAACUAAAUAUAAUAAUUACUAACGCAGUUACAUAAUUAUUAAGUACACUUAUUGAAAUGCAAAAUGGUAAGGAAACUGCCGGAAGGAUUUCAUAACAACAAUUUUGAUUAUCUGGAAAAUGGUUUUCUCUUGUAUCCAGCAAAUAUGAAAGAAUUUUAUAUACACGUUUUUUAUUACAAUAAGACCAUAACAUUUUCUUUAUAUAUUGUUGAAUAAAGUAUUCAAAUUCA